AUGUCUGCUGGAGCCGCGUUUUGGGCUACACUGGAUUCAAAUUGUAUCGAUGGUGAUAAUUCUUAUGACUUUGAUCCAAGUUACGGCAUCACAACCGACGGCUACUGUUAUUGUUUAUACGGGGGCGAAUCGUGGGGAUGUAAGUUGUUGAUUUUGUUUAUUCUCUCGACAAGUCUGAAUUUUUCCCCUAUCGGUCUUGCAGUCACCUGAACUGAAGAUAUUGCAGGCGAUGUUAAAAUUCAAUUCUGUCGCUCUCUUAGAUGCGGCUAGUUGCUCCGACCUGAAAACUGUUCGCGAAGCUACUGGUGCAGUCACGAUAUUCUUUGCUCUUUUUGCUAUCGUCACUUUGGUGGGAUCAAUUUAUGGCUGCAUUGGAACUUGCUGUGCACGCCGGGUAAAUUAUGCUUGGUAUAGAGAUCUAUUUGAAGUAAUAUGUCAAAUCCGACUAUGAGGAUAAUUAUUAAUAAUAAUUAUAUCGACAAUUUCAUCAAAAUGCGAGGACUUGAAAUCUAGUCCAGUCCGAAUUGAAGGAUUGGAAUGACAUCUCAUACAAAUAAAUCACUACUUAAAGUGAGGUGAAUUAAUUUUGAUCCACCCAGUCAAAGACUGAAUUAAUUUUGAUCCAGUCCUAUAGGACUGGAUCAAUAUACUUCAUGGUAUCCAGUAGUUUUCAUGUGAGCAAAAUAAAGCAAUAUAUGGUUGGCUAAUUUACUCAUGAAUUGUUAAUGAGUUUGACCCCAACCGAUGGCCUUGCCUGGCUAUUUUAAUAUUUUUCUAUUACAGUGUAGUUAAUUUGACCAAGACUUCCUGGAUAAGCUAACCAGACGAUGUUAGGCUAGGUGGAUAAAUAACUAUAUAGGGGCAACAUAGUCUGGUUAUUUUAACAUGCCAUAACGUCUUGGUCAAAUAUACCAGAUUCCUGGUUUCAUUAAGAAACAAAGUGAGAUAAAAUAACCAGGAAUUUAAACAAGAAAUAUUAAUUUAACCUAAAUGGCGUUAUUUCAUGGUUAACCUGGCAAUUUUGGUUAUCGUUCCAUGUUUCGUGCAAUAUAAGUUAGGGUUAGGUAUUAGGGGUGAGGUAUUAGGGGUUAGGUAUUAGGGGUUAGGUAUUAGGGGUUAGGUAUUAGGGGUUAGGUAUUAGGGGUUAGGUAUUAGGGGUUAGGUAUUAGGGGUUACUUAUUAGGGGUUACUUAUUAGGGGUUAGGUAUUAGGGUUUAGGUAUUAGGGGUUAGAUUAGGGUUAUGGGUUAGGGUGUGUAUAUAUGUGAAUGGAGGUAUGCAGUUAACUUUUCAGUACACUAUAAUAUCCAUUACAUAACGUUUACUAUAUUGGUGCGCGAAACAUGGAACGAUUACCGCAAGUUAACCAGAGUGGUUUUAAAGUGUAAGUAGAAGAAAUAUGAUUUUUCACAAAAAUAACAUAUUUAUGUUGUUAAUAGGAACCUGCAACUGUUAUCGUCACAACAGGUCAACAACCGAAUACAAUAAUGAUUACCGCACAAGCACACUCGGCUUCCAACCAGCAGCCACCACCAAAUACAGUGGUGAUGACCACACAAGCAUACCCGGCCUACAGCCAACAGCCACCACCUUAUGGUCAACCUGCUGGUCAAGGCCAAAUGGUUGUCGAUAGCAAAGCUUAUUGA